AUUCGAUCAAUUUGUCUCGAGAAUAGCUUUGAAAUUCUUGCGUAUAUGCCACAUAAGAUGGAUAUAUCGCUAUUUAUUUUCAGAGGAGACCGCGAGCGGUUUGUGUAGGAUGCGAAAACUGUUCCCUCUUGUCUUUAUCGCACGAAUCCCAUCAGUGCAUCACGCAACGGUAGCAAGAGCUGUCUGGGGUUGAAUCAGAUUUCUUGAAGUCACAUUCCAUCGCUCUCCUCAAGUGCGCGCGUUCUGUUGAUUAUCAAGACACAUAUCAACCUUGACUCGUGGUGAUCUUACGUAGGGUAUUCAGUGACCAUUGUGGCGCCCGUAUGGCCAUGUCAGUCUCAGUAGCACUUCCUUUCUAUACGGCAUCUUUGGCCCUUCUUAUUGCGUUCGGUAUCCUACGGUUUCUAUUCUGUACCUUGGUGUUCCGAAAGCUGGUCGUUAAACUGUUCAUCAAGUUUGCAGGAUGUGAAAUCAGCCAAGAAGUGUACGGUAACAGUUUGUUUGGAUGGGAGAUGUAUAAAGCGGUGACGGCCGCUUUGAUGACAGAUCUGCAGAAAAAAGCGAAGCUCGGUGCAGAAGCACCAAAUCCUUGUGUUGUGUCGGCCGACGGCCAGUUGCGUUCAAAUUUAUUGGACUUCGCCAAGAAGAGCAGGCCGUUGGUGGUGAAUUUCGGUAGUUGCACUUGCCCUUUCUUCAUGGACAGGCUGAGAGACUUCAACGAGAUCACGGCGGAUUUUAGAGAUAUAGCUGAUUUCGUCGUCAUUUAUAUCUCCGAAGCGCAUCCCUCAGACGGUUGGGCUUUCAAGGUAAUAAUAAAAGCCAAAAUUUAUUUCUGAGAUACCCAAUUUGUUGUAUAAUCCUAGUAAAAAUGUUACUUUAAAAUCGGGGCAUAGGUUACCGACUAGUGGUGGCUUCAAGCUUUAUCUCAUUCUACCACGCGCUUAGAUCCGUAGUAUUGUAGUGUAUACGUUCGUAUAUACGUAUUUGAAUUCGAAGAACCGUGAAAUUAGACUAUACAGUUUGCUGUCUGUAGAGGAAGCCCUGUUUGAAUAGUUAAUUAGUGAAGGAAUGAGCUCGGACUUUGCUCUGACUCGUAUAUUCUUUUUACAUCACGAUCUAGACUGACUUCCACGUGAAACAGCAUCGCACUCUAGAGGAAAGAGUCCAAGCAGCUCAGCUGUUUCAGGACGCGUCUAAGCUAGAAACUCCAGUGUUGGUGGAUUGUGUAGAUAACGAAGCGAACCAAGCGUAUGGCGCACUGCCAAUCCGACUGUGUAUUAUCUUAAAUGGAAGAGUUGAAUUUGUUGGCGGGAUGGGUCCGACAUUUUACAGAACACAGGAGGUCAGACGAUGGUUAACGAAAUGGAGGGAAAGUGAAUUGAACGUGUAACCGUAGUCCUAUAUACCUUCACAAUUAUUCGAAGUAGCACAGUGAGAUACAAGGACGAACACUGAAAACGAAAGUUCAAGCACGUGUAUCGCCUUCUUUCACUGUCGCUGUAUCACUUACAGACAAGAAUAUCAUGAACAACUUUAUAAGGAUUGUAAUCAAGGGGCUAGUGACGACCGCACGACAAACACUAGCCGAAAAGCCUAGAGCUACAUACCCUGUACGCUCGUAGGUUAUCAUAUUCAGUAGACCUGAAAAUCUGAAUGCUGCCGUAAAGGCGGGUAUGGAAGAUAAAUUUGACACGAACGUUCUCACAUGCUUCACUCGAGAAGACAAUAUUUAAUAACCAUACAUAAUUAUAUUACUCUCGUUUCGUCGUCAUCAGAGUUAUCAUAAGUUUUUAUUCAAUACAGAAUUUCUAUUGGGUAAAAGGUAAACAGUUUCUUUUAGUUUCAGUUGUCCUUUGCGAGGUUUAUAUUACCUAUGUUGUUCCCUACAAAGGCAAUGUCACCAGUUUCGUGGUAUUUGCCUGAAGGUUAAAGGAACGAAAAUACGAUACAACUAUUUUAAUCUUGCCCUGUGCGGUCAUUGCAUUUGUGUUGUAUAACAAAACAAAAGAACAAGGUGCGAAAUAUAAAUAACAGCUAAAAAUUGAAUCUUGCUGCGAGUCUUAAUCCCCUAACCUCGUUCGGCGAUCAUUUUUUACUUCACCUUAGAAUAUACAAACAUGAAAUCUAAUUACGCGAUUUUCAAGCCAUCAUAAACCGCGGAAAGUUGGUAAAUGUCAGGAGACGUCAAGUUUCAUUUUUUUUGUGAAGGUUGUUUAUCGCAAAUCCGGAAAAAGGUACACGUUUGGUUGACACUUUCAACUUGACCGGAAGAUUAGUGUCCAUGAAGUCAAUCCUAGAUGAUGAAAUAUAACAUAUUGCCGAGGAAAUACCUACAAAACUAAUGCUAUGAAGUGCUACAAACAAAGCUCUUUGUUUAAUUACCAGUUGUUUUCUUGUUGAAUGACCCUGGAGGGUUUGCAAGCAUUAAAACGUUUGCACCUCUGCAAAGUUGGCAUCACGCGAUGAUUUUCUCAUUGAACGCCACCGCCAGAAAUCCAAACACGGGUGAUUUGAGCUCACCGGGGAGAGCUCUCGUAUUACGUGCGAUAAUCUCUGAUUGUCGAGACCCUGUUUAGAGAGAAAUGUUUACGAAAUUCAUCGCGUGACUAUCGAGUCUGGUAAACAGCCUUUG